AUGCAUAGCCUCGAGAUGACUAACAAGCAAAUUUUGGGAGUUCUCGAGCCAAGCUCACUGGACUACGGCUUUCCAGGUACAAAUGAUUCGUUAGCCGCCGUGCCUAUUGCAAAGAACAAGUUGGUAAAGUUUGGCAGAAACGAUCGCGAAUGCGAUGUUAUUCUUACACAUCCAUCUGUUUCAAGUAUACACUGUAUGUUCUGGGCCAUACGAUUUGAUGAUGACAGCGUGCCUAUGUACUACGUUAAGGACUGUUCUCUGAAUGGGAUCCUGAUCAACGGGUUAUCCUUGAAAAGAGGCCAAACAUAUCUCUUGGAAGACGGCGAUCUCGUUACCAUACCAAAUGCAGGAGCUUAUCGGUUUGUGGCUAAAAUAAAGCUCUUGACCAGUGAUCUGGUAGAACAGCUGGGAUUUCUCACAGAGGUUGAUAGUUGGAGGAUAACAUCAAAAGUAGUUGGAAGUGGAACAUUCGGCCACGUUCUGGUUGCAAAUGAAAAGAUGAGCGCCACUAAUCACCAGCCGGUGAACUAUGCCGUCAAGGUUAUCAAGAUGAAGCCAAACAGACUGGACAAGGAGGCCAAAAUUUUACUGAAACUAGCGCACCCCAAUAUCAUCAAGGUUCACAAAACGUUUGCCGGCUCCAAAGAUCACCUCUAUAUCUUCCAGGAUCUAAUUACAGGAGGUGAUCUAUUUUCCUACUUAGCGAAAUCCGACUGUCUAUCUCCAAUUUCGGAGACGGAAGCACUGGUAAUAAUAUAUCAGAUUUUGCACGCACUUCGGUAUUUACAUUCGCAAGGUAUUGUUCAUCGUGACUUAAAACUCGAUAAUAUUUUAUUAUGCACACCAGAGCCAUGCACGAGAAUUGUUUUAGCAGAUUUCGGCAUUGCCAAAGAUUUAUCUUCCUCGCGCUCUCGUAUGCACACGGUUGUUGGGACACCUGAAUAUUGUGCACCCGAAGUAGGAUUCAAGGCUGACAGAGCAGCAUAUAAAGAGUUUUCAAGAGCCGCUACUUUUGAACAGCACGGUUACGACGCCAAAUGCGAUUUAUGGUCGCUUGGCGUCAUCGCUCAUAUAAUAUUAACGGGAAUUUCCCCAUUUUAUGGGGACGGUUCAGAAGCCAGCAUAAUCCGUAAUGCCAAAAUGGGGAGUUUGAGCUUCAAUUCUAAACAAUGGAGCAAGGUUUCUGAGCACGCCAAAAGCUUCGUACGUCGCCUCUUGGAGAUAGAUGUUCACAAGCGCCUUGACAGUCAGGGCGCAUUUCAUCACUUGUGGAUUGCAAAGCACAAAGGGCAGCUUGAGAAAAUAUAUCAUAAAAAGAUCCUGCAAGGGCACAUUAACGUAUUGCCUAGUAUUGAGGAGCUGAGCUGGAAGAGAAGGCUGCCCAAAAGUGUGAAUUUAUCGCCCACUGCCGUACAAAGAAAAAAAUUUACCAAAGUUGAUCAUUGA